AUGGAAAUCGUUCAUGUUUCUCCAACUGACAACAUUGAUGUCUGUCUCAUCAACGCUGGCGACGGAGCUCCUUUCAUUUCGUUGUUGGAAGUUUGGCCUCUUGCCAAUUCUAUAUAUCGAACCACUUCCAAUUCAUUGCCCCUAGAUCUCAUGGCCCGCUUUAAUCUGGGAAUGUCUGAAGAAGAUUCUAGUUUCAUCAGGUCUUGGCGCAAUAGGCAGAUUGAAAACUCCGAGACAAUCAGUGCAUUAGAAACGAUUCACAGUGAUGAAACAGACUACAAGCUGCCAAAUGAAGUAUUGGGCACUGCAAUCCAAUCACAGAAAGGCUACCCCUACCCUGUCUUAUUUAUCCACUUGAAUUUCGAUAUAGAUUAUGAAUAUCACCUGUACCUUCAUUUUUUUGACUUCGUGGGGCAUCCCCAAAAUCAGCUUAGAAAGAUGUACAUUGCUUUCGAUGCAAACCUGCUGGCCGUAACUCUUAAAUAUCAGGAGCCCCAGACGAUAAAGCAGAUAAUUCCAAAGGGGCUCGGCCUAAAUAAAAUUUCAAUUGUAGGCUCCCCAGAUUCUAGUUUGCCACCCAUGAUCAAUGCUCUGGAGAUCUUUAGGGUACUACUCCAACCAAAUGCACCAACUCAUGAAGGAGAUGUCGAUGCUAUGCGGAGCAUCAAGCAUGCUUAUAACAUCACGAGAAUCGACUGGCAAGGAGAUCCAUGCAUGCCAAGAGAUUAUAGAUGGGAAGGUCUGAAUUGCAACUCUGACAACAUUCCAAGGGUGACUUCGUUGGAUUUGUCCAACAACCCAUUGACAGGAGAAAUACCUCAAUUUUUAGUAGAACUACCCAAUUUGAAGCGAAUUAACUUGUCAGGGAACAAUCUCACUGGUUCAAUUCCCAAGGCUUUAAGGGAGAAAAACGGCACUACUUUGAUAUUAAGUUUGGAUGGAAAUCCAGGUCUCUGUCAAAUAGGUGUUUGCAGAACCAAAACACAGAAGUCCAUUAUACCAAUUAUUGCAUCCGUGGCAGCUUCUGUAGCAGUUCUUGUAAUACUAGCCUGUAUUUCUGUGAUGUUCUGCAAGCAUAAAAUGAAAAAACAAAUGAACUUUUCUCCAUUCAAGAAGGACGGGGAACUGAAAUCGAAAAAUCUUGCAUUUAAUCACUUUGAAGUUCUUAGUAUUACCAAUCACUUUGAAACCGUAAUUGGAGAAGGGGGAUUUGGAAAAGUGUAUCUUGGCACCCUUCAGGAUGAUACGCAAGUUGCAAUCAAGUUACUGUCGAAGUCAUCACAACAAGGGUUUAAGGAAUUCCAGUCCGAGGUGGAACUUUUGAUGGUUGUUCAUCAUAGGAACUUGGUUUCUCUUGUUGGCUAUUGUAACGAUGGUGACAUGAAAGCACUAGUUUAUGAAUACAUGCCUGAAGGAAAUCUCCGACAGAAAUUAUCAGAUAAGAACCCACGUGUUUUGAAAUGGAAUGAGAGACUUCAAAUAGCAUGGGAUACAGCAUGUGGGUUGGACUAUCUACAUAAUGGUUGUAAGCCAGCAAUAAUCCACAGAGACCUCAAAACUUCUAACAUCUUGCUAAGCAAAAACAUGCAAGCCAAGAUUGCUGACUUUGGAUUGUCCAGAGCUUUUCUCAACGACACUGAUACUAAAGUCUCAACUUGUCCUGCUGGCACGCUUGGUUAUCUUGAUCCUGAAUUCCAUAGCUCUGGAAACCUAAAUAAGAAAAGUGAUGUUUAUAGUUUUGGGAUAAUUUUACUUGAGCUCAUAACUGGUCGGCCAGCAAUAAUGGGAACACGCGGCAAUACAAAUCACAUAUCUAAUUGGGUCCGUCCAAGGCUGGAGAGUGGGGAUAUCCAAUCCAUUGUGGAUCCAAGAUUAGAGGGAAAAUUCAAUGCUGCUUCAGCAUGGAAAUUUUUAGAGAUAGGCAUAUCUUGCAUUCCACCAAUUUCAAUUCAAAGGCCUGAUAUGGGUCAUGUAGUGGCUGAGUUGAAGGAAUGUCUAGCCUCGGAAAUAUCCCUUGAAAGUGCAGAGGGUAACAGUGGAAUUUCUGGCUCUGCAUCAAGGAUCCGUUAUUUUCCACUUGAAUCAAACUCAGCUCCAUGUGCCAGGUAG